GAGAGAAAAACUCACUUGAGCCUGAGCUUGCCCACUCCACUUCACCGUACUCCGACGAGGGGCGACGCCAUCGCCAUGGCUCUCCACCGCGUGUUGACUCCCGUUCCCAGUCCAGCCGGCGCCGCCCAGCAGAAGCAUCUCCGCCUUGCCAGUCCCCAGCCGCGGCAAACCCCCCUGAGGAUCAGAACCCCUCCCUCCUCGCUUCUUCCCCUUGCCCACCUCCGCGUCCGCCCCGCCGCAUCCUCCUUGGUGGGCGGCAUUCCGUCGAGCAGGUGCCAUGCGGCGGCAGGAGAUACCGCGCCUUCUGCUCCGGUGGUACCUGACGGCGGCGGAGGCAGCGCGAGGGCCGCCCUGGUGCGGGUCGGGGAGGCGCUGUCGCUGGGGUUCCCGGUGUGGGUCGCGUCGGCCUGCGCGCUCGCGCUGUGGCGGCCUGCGACCUUCCUCUGGGUUGACCCCACCACCCAGAUGGUCGGCUUAGCCUUCACCAUGCUUGGAAUGGGGAUGACAUUAACACUAGAUGACCUGCGAGCCGCACUCUUGAUGCCUAAGGAGCUGGCUGCUGGGUUUCUACUUCAGUACACGGUGAUGCCACUGUCAGGAUUUCUUAUCAGCAAGCUUCUGAACCUGCCAAACCAUUAUGCUGCUGGAUUGAUUUUGGUGUCCUGUUGCCCUGGAGGGACAGCAAGCAACAUUGUUACCUAUUUAGCAAGGGCAAAUGUUGCUCUUUCGGUGCUGAUGACAGCAACAAGCACCUUUGCUGCAGCGUUCAUGACUCCUCUUUUGACAUCCAAACUGGCUGGACAAUACGUUGCAGUAGAUCCAAUGGGACUGUUCGUGUCGACAUCUCAGGUUGUCCUGGUACCUGUCCUUCUGGGUGCUGUACUUAAUCAGUACUGCAAUCAGUUGGUUGAGUUAGUUUCUCCCUUGAUGCCGUUCAUUGCUGUAGCAACAGUAGCUGUUCUUUGUGGCAAUGCUAUUGCACAGAAUGCUUCAGCCAUCCUAGCAUCUGGUCUGCAAGUGGUACUAUCUGUUUGUUGCCUGCAUGCAUCUGGUUUUUUCUUUGGCUUUGUUCUUUCAAGAAUUCUUGGCAUUGAUGUCUCUUCAUCACGAACAAUCUCAAUCGAGGUUGGCAUGCAGAAUUCAGUACUUGGUGUAGUCCUUGCAACCAAGCAUUUUGGCAAUCCUCUCACAGCAGUUCCAUGUGCUGUUUCAAGCAUCUGCCACUCACUCUACGGCAGCAUUUUAGCUGGGAUUUGGAGGUCCAUGCCCCCGAAUGACAAAGGAGAACCAUUGAGCCAUUGACGAUGCUUGUCUUGGAUGGUCGCUGGAACAUAUAGACCAUGCUAGUAGGAGGAGAGCAGGAAGAAGAAUUUAGACUUUAGAGCACGUAUGGGCUGGCUUGUUGGUUCCACCUGUCAGAAUGGCUGUCUUGAAUGUUUUCUUCUUAAACUGUGAGAUUUGAACUAUUAGUUUCAGCCUGAUUUAAACAAGCUGCCUUUUUUUUAACUCAUUAUAUGUGCCGGCCAGUGCAAUGCGUGUGAGCAGAUGUGCAGAUCCGAUUGCGAUCCCAUGAUUCCCUGUUGAGAUAGUGUAACUGAAAACAAUAAUUGAGAGAGACUUGCCGUUUUUUGCUCCAA